GUUUGAUAAUUUUCAAGUGCAACAUUCAAAGGUUACUCCGCAUGGAUCAUGUCGUUUUUGUACCUGUUUCCCCUCGAGUUUUCGUUACUCUUUUACUCUUUGCAUAAGAAACCUAUAUCAGUAGACAUUCCACAUCGCAUGUUCGCAAACUUAUUGAAUAAAGCCGCACCUGUUCUUGCGCAAACAAAGAAUAGAACAUUUUCUAGCCAUGCCAUUAAACAGAGCAUCUUUAGUUCUUGGAGCGAAGCACCCUAUGCUCAAUCUCUUAUUCCUAUGGUUGUAGAACAAACGGGUCGAGGAGAACGUUCCUAUGAUAUUUUUUCUCGGUUAUUGAAAGAGCGUAUUAUAUGUUUAAACGGCCCCGUCAACGAUAAUGUAGCUGCUACCAUCGUAGCGCAACUCUUAUUCUUAGAAGCUGAAAGUACAGAGAAACCCAUCAGUCUAUACAUAAAUUCGCCAGGUGGCAGUGUUACAGCAGGCAUGGCGAUUUAUGAUACAAUGCAGUAUAUCUCGUCUCCUGUAUCUACGUUCUGUAAUGGUCAGGCUUGUUCAAUGGGAUCAUUAUUACUUGCAGCAGGUGCACCUGGUAAAAGAUAUGCUUUACCAAAUGCCUCAAUUAUGAUUCAUCAACCUUCUGGGGGAGCUGCCGGUCAAGCUUCCGAUAUUGCUAUUCAUGCACGAGAGAUCCUCAGAGUUAGAGAAAGAUUAAAUAGAAUUUAUCAGAAACACACGGGAAUUCGUGAUCUGGAAACAAUAGAAAAAAUGGUUGAAAGAGACUAUUUCAUGACGGCAGAGGAAGCGGUCAAUUUUGGAUUGAUCGAUAAGGUACUAGAGAAACGUACAGAUACUCAAGCAACAUCAGCAUCUGAUGAUUCAAAAAAAUAAAAAAAGCUAUAUAUGACAGUUUCG